AUGUUGUUCUCCCUCAUAUGUGUCCGCUUUGAUAAACUAGAAAGAAGAACAAAAGCAGAGGUCUGCAACAGAUAUAAAACGGAUGUUUUUAGUACGAGCUAUAGCUACUCUGGAAAACCGCCUUAUCAAGAUCAACAAGGAAGUUGCACACAGAAAAGCUACGACAAAAGAACCGAUGACAAUAAAGCGCUUAAAGAACUCAAUUACAUGCGAUGGCUUGUUGGAUUUGAUACACCUGUAUCUCUUGAUUCAAAAUAUGAUAAUGAACAAAUUCAGUGCGCAAUAUGCAAUGUCAAAAAUAGAAAUUUAAUUCAUAGACCAGAUUCCAGUACGCCAUGCUAUACUUCCUCAGCAUAUGCUGGAUGCUCAAGUUCAAACCUUGGAUCAGGUUUUGGAUCAUUUGAUGCCGCUAGAGCAAUUCAGCAAUUCAUUCAAGAUCCAGGUGUUUAUAAUGAAAAUCUGGGACAUAGAAGAUGGGUGUUUUAUGGGGGACUCAAAACAACAGCAUUUGGAGGUGCUUAUAACUCAUUAAAAUCUGGUGAAAGCGGUCUCACAAAUAGUGUUGCGAUGAAAACUUUUAAUAUGGGAUCCAGUAGCGAAGAACGACUUGUAUUCACAGCAUAUCCUCCACCUGGCUAUUUCCCAGCUAGAUUUAUUUACAGCAGAUUCAGUUUUUGGGCACUUGAAAUAUCAGAAGGAGAGCCUUUGCAAAUAUCAGUAAAAAUUGAUGGAGUUACUCAGAAAGUUGGUGCUAUUAAAUACACAACUGGAAAUUAUGGAGGAAAACAACGUGGAGCUAUGUUCAAUCUUUCUGAUUAUGGUGAAGAUAGAUUGUAUCAAUCUAAUUACCAAAAAUUGAUUGGAAAGAGAAUAGAUAUUCAAGUUAAAUAUAAUUCUAAUGUUUAUGAUUAUACCGUCUAUCCUGUUGAUUGUGAUGCUGCAGAAAUAUCAACCCCUACACCAAAAACGCCUACUCCAAAAACUCCAACACCAAAGACGCCUACUCCUAAAACUCCAACACCAAAAGCUCCGACACCUCAAACAAAUGCAGCACAGCCAGACAAAUCAUCUCCCACAUCAGAUAGCAUAAACCAAGAAAAUGAAGCAGGAAAUCAAGUAUCUAGCAAUGCAUCCGAUAGCGGAAAGAAGAAAAAGAUUAUUAUUGGAGUUGUCGUAGCUUUGGUAUUAGUAACAACUAUUGUUGUGAUUUCAAUAUUCGUUGUCAAGAAAGGAUAUUGUCAUCAUAGCAAAGAAAUUGAGCGCAGUGAAAGUUAA